AUGGUCAACCUGACUUCUUUGGUGACUGAGUUCAUCCUCAUGGGAUUUUCAGAUAUCAGAGAUUACCAAAUCAUGCAUGCAACGCUCUUCUUCCUCAUUUACUUAAUAGCGCUGCUGGGUAACCUCACCAUCAUUAUUCUCACCACCUCAGACCAGCACCUCAACAGUCCCAUGUACUUCUUUCUGAAGACCUUGUCAUUGCUGGACCUCUGCUUCAUCUCUGUCACAGUUCCCAGGGCCAUCGUUCAUUCUUUGACCCAAAAUGGUACCAUAUCCUUUCUGGGGUGUGUGGCACAAGUCUUUUUGGUUGUUCUGUUUGCUUGUGCUGAGCUGGCCUUGCUCACAGUCAUGUCUUAUGAUCGAUAUGUGGCCAUUUGCCACCCGCUACAUUAUCAAGUAGUCUUGAAAAAGGAGGCUUGUGAGACAAUGGUGGUUGCUUCCUGGCUCAGUGGGGUUGCUUCUGGGUUCUUGAAUACAUCUGUGACUUUCUCAUUACCAUUUUGUGGGUCAAAUUUUGUCCAUCAGUUCUUCUGUGAGAUCCCAUCUUUACUCAAACUCUCCUGCUCAGAGAAGUAUCUUGCUGAGAUUGGGGCCAUAAUUGUCACAACAUCCUUAGGAUUUGUGUGUUUUAUUUCCAUUAUGGUUUCUUACAUUCACAUCUUCUCCACAGUUCUACGAAUUGCAUCAGUGGAAAGCAGGUCAAAAGCCUUUUCGACCUGCAUCCCUCACCUUGUGGUCGUUACUGUUUUCCUUACUACAGGUUCGGUAGCCUACCUGAAGCCAGUGUCAGAGGUCCCUUCAGUUUGGGAUCUGCUGGUGUCUGUCUUCUACACCGUUGUGCCACCCACCCUAAACCCCAUCAUCUACAGCCUGAAGAACAAGGACAUGCAAACUGCCUUCUGGAAAAUGUUGAGAAGGAUGAUCAUGUUACAAAAAACAACCAAAAAACAACCACACAGGCAAUCUACUUAA